AUGUCACAACCACUUCCAAAUGAGCUCGAUCUAGAGAAUUUGAUCCACCUUGAGAAUAUGUUCCAGGAAUUGGGUCAUGAAGACGGCUUGCGCGACGGAAGAAAGUCAGGAGUCGUUGAAGGACGGAUAUUAGGUUGUGAAAAAGGAUUCGAAAUGUCUAACGAAGUAGGCUAUUAUACUGGCUGUGCAACUCUAUGGACUAAGCUAGUCGAAGCACAUCCGGAAUCAUUCUCAUCAAGAGCCACCAAGCAGAUACAGAGCUUACAGUCAGUGAUUGACCAGUUUCCUGAUGCAAAUGAAGAUCAAACAGACACAUUUGCGCUGUUGGACAAGAUGCGGGCCAAGUUCCGCGUCGUCACUAGCGUCCUUAAAGUGGAGCAAAAGUUUGCCAUUACUCAACCUGUUGGAAUGAGUUACUGA